AGAAACCCACUCACGUUCAUGUCGACAGAAAUACAACAACGAGAAGAGCUGUUUGAAGCGAAUUGAGAUAAAUCCCACCAAGUAAUUUACUUCACAUAUAUGGCAGCAUAGGAAACGGGUGUAAGUAAAGGUGGCACAGUUGUGGACACAACUGGAAGUCUACACAGAGGAAAGCACAUCUGAGAGUUAAACUGCAUCUGAAGAAGUAAAAGUGAAAAUCGGCAGCCAGAAGACCACAAAGCGCUGUUUGCAUGAUGUAAAUAUUGCAGAAGUGUAGACACGAAAAGAAAGUUGUAGUCUAGAUCUUUCUGUAGUUCACAUUUCCUUAGCAGACAAGUUCUUUAUUGCACCUGUCCAGGUAUAAUUUUCUAUACUGUAUGCAAUAUUUAUGCACAUACAUAUUUAUUUAUCUUCUUUUAGAAGAGCCCUGUAAUAAAUCUUGUGUGGCAGCAUUGCUCUGCAUUAUUGAGCCUAAGCUGUAUGUAGAAUUUAUAAAUAUCUCAUACGAUUCUUUAGUGAUGCUUUUUAUUGAGGCCUUGUGGACACUGUGAAUGGUUCACUUGGUCUUAUUAGAAAUUAGUAAGGCGUUAGAAAAGUGAAAAAGACAUGGAAAAGCUUUAGAAACUUAAAAAAAAUGACAACAAAGAUGGAGAAUACUGGGCCUGCUUUCAUUGGGUUAAACACACACAAUAGGCAUCUUAUAUGACAGCCUAAAGGCCCCUCUCAGUCUGGAAAGGAGCCCAUGGGGACCCAAAAACCAGCCAAUGCAUCUCAGGAAGGACCUGGAAUCAGGUUUGGUGAUGACUGGAAAAAAAGCCUACUGCUCCCGGCUAAGGACAAUAGAUUCAAAACUUCUGAUGUGACUGCAACCAAAGGGAAUGAGUUUGAGGACUUCUGUCUAAAGAGAGAGCUACUGAUGGGCAUUUUUGAGAUGGGCUGGGAAAAACCCUCCCCCAUUCAGGAAGAGAGUAUUCCUAUUGCCCUUUCUGGCCGCGAUAUACUGGCUCGUGCCAAAAACGGGACUGGAAAGAGUGGUGCAUACCUUAUCCCCCUUCUGGAGCGAAUUGACAUAAAAAAGGAUCAUAUCCAGGCCAUUGUGAUAGUUCCCACUCGUGAACUGGCUCUGCAGGUCAGUCAGAUCAGUAUUCAGAUCAGCAAACACCUGGGUGGUGUCAAGGUCAUGGCAACCACAGGAGGGACCAACCUACGAGAUGAUAUCAUGCGCCUGGAUGAGGAGGUUCAUGUUGUUAUAGCAACACCUGGCAGAAUCUUGGACUUGAUAAAAAAGGGCAUAGCCAAAGUGAAUAAAGUUCAGAUGAUGGUUAUGGAUGAGGCUGAUAAGCUACUCUCUCAGGACUUUGUGGUUAUUAUUGAGGACAUCAUUAGUUUCCUUUCAAAGAACAGACAGAUUCUGCUCUAUUCAGCCACAUUCCCCAUCAGUGUACAGACGUUCAUGGCAAAGCACCUGCAGAAGCCCUAUGAGAUUAAUCUGAUGGAGGAACUGACCCUGAAAGGCAUUACGCAGUACUAUGCUUAUGUCACAGAAAAACAGAAAGUCCACUGCCUUAACACAUUGUUCUCCAGGUUGCAGAUAAAUCAGUCCAUCAUCUUUUGUAACUCUACUCAGCGAGUGGAGCUCUUGGCCAAGAAGAUCACGCAGCUGGGCUGCUCCUGCUUUUACAUUCAUGCUAAGAUGAUGCAGGAAUACAGAAACCGGGUUUUCCACGACUUCAGAAAUGGGCUCUGCAGAAACCUUGUUUGCACAGAUUUAUUCACUAGAGGCAUCGACAUCCAGGCAGUAAAUGUGGUCAUCAACUUUGACUUCCCCAAGAAUGCAGAAACAUAUCUGCAUCGUAUCGGACGCUCAGGAAGGUUUGGACAUCUGGGUUUGGCAAUCAAUCUCAUUACCGCUGAGGAUCGUUUUAACCUGAAGACCAUUGAGGACCAGCUGAUGACAGACAUAACGCCCAUUCCCGGUAGCAUCGAUAAGAGCCUUUAUGUGGCAGAGUUUCACUCUGUGAACCUUGACUGUGAGGCAGAGACAUCUCAGCCUGGAGGAGGGCCUGAAGCAUAUUAGGAGGCACCAUUAGAGUGCAGGACAGUUGGAGAAUCUCUGCUCAUAUCUUUCAUCAUCUUUUCCUGCUCCACAGUAUUAUUUUUUUCUUCCAUUCAUUGUUCAUUUUUAGGGGUGUUAUACAUCUUUAUAAAUGACCAGUUGAGACAUGCAAGAACAAAAACUAAACAUUCAGGAGUUCCUUUUUGAUAGAAAACAAUAAACAAAGGUAUUGGUGAACA